UAUUGUUUCGUUGCAGUUACACAGAUUUGCACGAAAACAAGUGAUAAUUAACAUUAAAGUUUCUCUAAAAACCGUCUUUAAAACACACAUUUCGCGAUGUCGUAUAUGUUAGCACAUUUGCACAAUGGCUGGCAGGUGGACCAAGCCAUACUCUCCGAAGAGGAUCGAGUCGUGGUCAUACGAUUCGGACACGAUUGGGACCCGACCUGCAUGAAGAUGGACGAGGUGUUGUACAACAUAGCGGAGAAAGUGAAAAAUUUUGCCGUCAUCUACCUGGUUGACAUUACGGAGGUGCCCGAUUUCAACAAGAUGUACGAAUUGUACGAUCCCUGUACGGUGAUGUUUUUCUUCCGCAACAAACACAUCAUGAUCGAUCUGGGGACGGGUAAUAAUAACAAAAUUAACUGGCCGCUUGAGGAUAAGCAGGAGAUGAUUGAUAUCGUCGAGACGGUUUAUCGAGGGGCACGUAAAGGACGUGGUUUAGUGGUGUCACCGAAGGAUUACUCUACAAAAUAUCGCUACUAGAGGGACUGUAGAGUGCUGAUUACAAUAAGAUUUUUUUUUAAAUAACUGUAGAGCUGGUAUUCUGAUAACAAUUUCUUAAAAUUGCACCUCAUCCGAAGUAAUAAUCUAGGCACUGCAGCCUGAAUCAAAUGGAGAUUACGGUAUACUAAACUUCGGCGAUAAACAAAACCACCUUUGAUCGGUUACUUUAAUUUUAAAAGCUAUUCUUGGACUAGAUCAGUUUGUUCGGCUACCAUCACGUGCAGCAUUGGUACAUUGUAAGGAAUAUAAUUAGAUACCGUCUUCUGUAAUUCUUAGCAUUUCCGAACCCGAAGGUUGUGUUAGAAUUUGGCUUAUCUCAGCUCUGCUUAGAAUCGUUCCAAAUUUAUCCCGCAAAGAAUAUACUCACCAUUAGGUUCUUAUCUCUCCCUCAAAUGGGUUAGCGAGCAUUUAGUCGAACCGAUGCUGUACUGCAGUGCACGCCUACGAAGAAAGAUUUUCCUUAUUCAUGCGCAUCUAACCUUGACCAUGCUCGGCACUCUAUCGCACAGCAUUCGCCUAUGGUAUUAAUUGAUAAGCUCGUUCUCCCGUUCUCGUACGAUUGGAAGUCCGAUCGCUAGAA